GAGGAGGUAGAGGAGGAGCAGGAGAUGGAGGACGUGGACAAGUGUUGUGUGCCAGGAGAUGCUAUCGCAAAGAUUGCCGAGAGGAAGGGAGUGGAUCCAUCCAAGAUCAAGAAACAUGGCCUUCCUGUUCGACAGGGCUUUUGGGACGCCGGGUCAAAGCGAGGACACAACGCCAAGAUAAGAGCAAGUCUGGGAUUGAAGCAAGUGCCGACGGUGCUGGUGGUGGGAGGAGGCGACGGAGUGGGAGGGCUGCAGAAGAUCGCGGAGGCUGUGGGGGAUCAGCUCAAGGAUGUGAAGGAGAAUGUGCAAGUAGUUGUUAUCUGUGGCAAGAAUGAGGCAGUCAAGAAGGCUCUCUCCUCUCGCUUCUGGCCCACCAACGUUGACGUCAUUAUCAACGGAUUCGUUUCCAACAUGGACGAGUGGAUGAUCGCCGCGGACUGUAUCGUCACCAAGGCUGGUCCUGGCACCAUAGCUGAGGCGAGCAUAGUCGGUCUUCCUACCAUGCUCUCGGGCUUCCUGCCCGGACAAGAAGAAG